AUGAGGAUAGUGAUGGUGGGGAAGACAGGGAAUGUGAAGAGUGCCACUGGAAACACCAUUCUGGGACGACGCUUUGAAUCAAAGUUCAGUGCAAAGUCUAUGACUGUAGACUGUUCCAAGGGCAAAGCUGAGGUGGAUGGGCAACAGGUUGCUGUUAUCGACACCCCAGGCCUGUUUGACACCAGGUUUGGCAUGGAUAGAACAACUAAAGAUAUGAGCCAGUGCAUCUCUUAUGCUGCUCCUGGACCCCAUGUGUUCCUGGUGGUCAUCCGGCUGGGCAGAUACACUGAAGAGGAAAAGCAGACAGUGCAAAGAAUUCAAGAAAUCUUUGGACAGGCUGCAGACAAAUACAGCAUGGUUCUCUUUACUCAUGGGGACCUUCUUGAAGACACAGCUAUUGAAGACUUCUUGAUGGAAUCCUCAGACCUGCAAGAACUCGUGACCAGAUGUAAUGGCCAGUACCAUGUCUUCAGUAAUAAGCUGAAGGAUCGCUCUCAGGUCACUGAGCUGCUCCAGAAGAUCAGAAAUCUAAACCAAAAGAACGGAGGAAGCCACUACACAAACGAGAUGUUCCAAGAGGAGGGGGCAGUCGAAGAGGAGAAACAACGCAUCAUGAAAGAGAAAGAAGAGCAAAUACGCAUAGAAAAAGAGAAAUUGGAGAGAAAACUUUAG